CAAAGAGCGGCACGCGUGGGCGGAACGACGAGAAGCAGAGUCCCGCGGCUUUGACGUUACGUCGGUCAAGGGGACUGCGCAAGCGUACUGAAGAGCGAGUCAGGGGCGGGCUUGCUUUACGGCAGCAGCCAAUCGCCCUCUUUUGGCCCUUGACAAGCAUGGCGUCCGGGUUUGAAAGCGAGUGGAGUUUGGCGGCGCGGAAGGAAGAGAAGCGCCGCCAGCGUGAGGCGUUGCUACAGCAGGCAAAAGCUGAUUAUGAAAAGGAACAGCGACUCAAAGAGCUGAAGCGACUGCGAGGGGAGGAUACGUGGAUGCUCAGUGAUGUGAAUGCACGUGUGGAGGAGUUGGAAAAGGAACAUUCUGUUACCAAAAAGAAGAAAAAGGAGAAGCACUCGAAAAAAUCAAAAAAAGAAAAAAAGAGGAAGAAGCCUAAAACCGAAAAAAAUGUUGAAUCAUCCGAUAGUUCUUCUGAUUCUUCAGAAGAAUGGGUAGAGGCUCCUGUUUCAGAGUCCUCUAGCACAGAAAAUCCUUGGAACGUAAAGAAAGAACAGCCUAGCACUGUAGAAAGCCCAGCAGCAGUUCAGAGGGAUGAGUGGAUGACCUUAAAUUUUAUGACUAUGAAAACACUUUCUUCAGCAUCACUGAAGGCUGAAAAACAGAAAGAAAAAUUAUUGGAGCAACAAAAAGCUCAAGCAAGUGAGCAGUUCCUGCUUUCUGAAAGAGAGCUCAACCCAUACUGGAAGGAUGGUGGCACGGGUUUACCAUCACAAAAGGAUAAUUCAGUAAAAGUGGCCGUGGUAGAAGAUGGUGGGUUAGGCUGGCUGAAGAAAUCCUACCAAAGAAUGAAGGAGCAGUCUGAGAGAGAGAACAGGGAUUUGGAAGAAAUCAUAGCCGAAAGAUACGGUUCAGUAGAGCUGUUUGAGUCGAGAUUAAAAGAAGCUGAGAGGGCUGCAGUCCAAAAAGAAAAUGAGCAUCGAAGAUGGCAGAAGUCUGAAUAUUCAGAAGAGAGUCGUGUGAGACAGAGGAAGGACAAAGAGAAGCAAGGGGAGAGGGAUGGAUAUAAAGGAAAACCUAAGAACAGGGAAGGCAAAGACUAUUUUCAAGAGACAAGAAAUUACGUGAGAGAUAGACUCAUGGAAGAUAAAGAUCUAAGGCAUAGUAGUAAAGGCUCUGCAAUGAAAGAUUUUUCUUCUAGGACUGCACAGCAUUCUCAUCAAAGAAGUUGUGAGGAAUCAUUACCAAGCCCUGCGAAACCUGCAUUUUGGAAGCCUCAUGAAGAUGGAGGGCAAGAAGUGCAGAGCUUUUCUUCAUCAAAAUUACAUACUCAAGGUUCUGUGACUUGUGGCUUCAGAAAGCCUGCUUAUGAUACUGAGGAUGAUAUUCCAGUGAGACAUGGCUUUAGAAAGCCUGAUUACAGUACUGAGGAUAUUCCAAGAUGGCGCCGAACACAACCAAAGGAAGGAGAUGGAAAACCAUCCACAACUGAAAUGGCAACCCUUGAUGAAAAGCAAUCCAAAACUGAAAUGGCUAUCACUAGCAUAGAGAAUGAUCCAAAAGAGAAAAAAGAAGAGAUUGCAGAAGAUGUCUUGGAAAGCAAGGAGCCAUCCCACAGUAAAUCAUCAUAUUUAGGUUCUGCUGCAGAGGAUGAAAGUUCCCAUAUUCUAAGUGAAGAGGAAAUGAAUAAACUGGGAGCCAAGAUUGUGAAAGCAGAAUUGAUGGGAAAUAUGGAUUUAGCUGCAAAGCUUCAGACCCAGCUUGACAAGGCACGCAAGCUAAAAGAAAGCAGAGCACAGAUUCCAGCUAGAAAGUCUGAGGAGGAGGAGACGACAAGCAUCCAAGAAGACUAUGAUGUUAUCCUUGUGAGAACUGAUAAAUCUGGUAGAAGCUGGCCUGUGAAUGCUCCAGGAGAACCAAUGGAACCAAAAGGAGGAAGGAGGAAAAGACAGACUAUCACUACUCACAUGGAUAAGGAAAGGGUCAGAUAUUUUCAGGACGAUGAUAAUCUGAGCCUGAAGGAUUUGGUCAGGAAUGAAAAAAUGAGAACAGCAGAGGAUCAAAAUAAGCUUUUCAUGAGAAUGGCUUCAAAGUUUUCAGAUAAAACUGACAGGGAGUACUACACACUGGACGACAUGUUUGUUUCGAACGUUGCCAAGGGUGAGCGCAGUGGUGAAGAGGAGGAAAGACAGAGGAAGCAAGCUGUCCAGGAGCACCGGCAGCUUGCUGCGUGCAUGGAAAAGUGUCCCCACUGCUUCGGUAGCCCCGAACUUCCAAAACAUCUGAUCAUUGCAAUAGGUAGCAAGGUCUACUUAUCACUGCCAAACUACCAGUCCCUUACUGAAGGUCACUGCCUGAUCGUCCCUAUGCAGCACUACACUGCAGCCACGCUCCUGGAUGAAGACAUCUGGGAAGAAAUCCAGGCAUUCAGAAAAACGUUGGUAAAGAUGUUUGAAGCUGAAGACCUGGACUGUGUCUUCCUUGAAACAAACCUGAGCACAAAGAAGCGGUACCACAUGGUGUAUGAAUGCAUCCCUCUCCCAAGAGAAGUUGGGGACAUGGCUCCCAUCUACUUCAAGAAAGCUAUAAUGGAGUGUGACGAAGAAUGGUCCAUGAAUAAAAAGCUGAUUGAUCUGUCUUCAAAAGAUGUUCGCAAAUGUGUUCCAAAAGGCUUGCCCUACUUCUCGGUAGACUUUGGGCUACAGGCAGGGUUUGCCCACGUCAUUGAAGAUCGGCACAAAUUCCCUCUUUAUUUUGGGAAGGAAAUCAUUGGCGGUAUGCUGGAUUUGGAGCCCAGGCUCUGGCGUAAAGGACUGCGCGAGAACUUUGAGGACCAGAGAAAGAAGGUGUUGCAUUUUGCUCAGAGGUGGAAACCAUAUGAUUUCACCAGAAGCAAAGACUGAUGAUCUGAACAGUGAUUCUGAUACUACCAGGUGCUGGAGACGGAAGCCCUAAAAACCACCUGAAACCAUACAGAUUGUUCCUGUAAAAAGAAGGAGAGCAGCACUUCUUCAGCAAUUGACAGAUGCUUGCAUAUUCUUAGAGAACACUGUAAGAGACAGACAACUUUAACGGGGCAGUGGUUCAGAGGCAGAGAUACAAGAAUACCUGCAUUCUGUUUUUGUGCCGCGGUGUGGAUGUUAAUGCUUGGUAAAAAUUAAGCUAUAAUUCUGAUAAAUGAGAAGGGUACAGAAAUGUCUUUUGGAAGCUUUGCUUCCCAGCUCCUCCAUCUUCCUGUGUACAUUCUAUAAAACGCUCUCCUGUCUUUGCAGUCUACACAGUGCAGUGUCCUCCCCCCUCCUUCAGCACUAUGCCAAUUCUUUAUAUUUUAUGCCUUCAAUGUGCUGCUCAAGGUGUACAUUAAAAAAAACAACAACCCACAA